GCGGCAUGUGGCGCUAGCAUGGCGGGGUGCUGCGGGGGCGCGGGGUGCGGGGCGCGGCGCGGCGCGUCCCCGCGCGCCUGCCUGGCCGCCUGCGCGCUCGUGCUGCUCUACAACCUGCUGGGCGGCUUCCUGUUCCUGGCGCUCGAGGGCGGCGAGGAGAGCGCCGUGGCGGCGGUGGCCACGGGCCGCGGCGGCGCGGCGGCGCUGCGCGCGCGCACCGUCGAGCGCCUCUGGGCGCUCACCGAAGACCUCAACAUCCUGUACAAGGACAACUGGACUCGCCUCGCGGCAAGAGAGUUGCUCGAGUUCCAGCGCGGGCUGGCGGGCCCGCCGCCGCCACCGCGCGCCGUCUCCGACCCUUUCCGGUGGACUUUCUCAACGAGUUUCCUGUACGCGCUCACGCUCAUCACUACCAUUGGUCACGGCGACGUGGCGCCGACGUCGGCGGCGGGUCGCGCCUGCGCGGUGCUGUACGCCGUGGUGGGCAUCCCGCUCGUGAUGCUGUACCUGGCGACGCUGGGCGCCGCGCUGGCCCGGGCCGCGCGCCGCCUAUACGCACGCCUUACGCCCGCGCCCCCCGCCAACCGAAUCAAAGACGGUGACGAGAAGCGCACCCCGUUCCAAGCGGCGUUAAACCUGGACGGGCUCGGCGCCGGCGCGAGGAUAUGCGCCGCGCGCGCCCGCCGCGUUCCCGCCGCGCUCAGCGUGGCGUUACUCGCGUUAUACGUCGCGCUUGGAGCUGCGUUAUUCGCGCGUACCGAGCGGUGGUCGCUCCUCGACGGGUGCUACUUUUCGUUCUCGAGCCUGGCGACAAUCGGGUUCGGCGCGCUGCGGCCGGGGCGCGCGGCGGCGGCGCGGGCGGCCGCGGGAGAGGCGGGCGCCGCCGCCGCGCUGGACGCGGCCGUGGGCGCCUGCGCGGCCUACAUACUGGUCGGCGUGGCCGUGGUUGCGGCCGCGUUUGACCUGCUUCAGGAGGAGCUGCGGGCCGCGCUGCGCGGCGCCGGCACGCGGUGCGGGGCGCGGCGCACGGUGCACUCGGCGGAGCAGUGCGUGGCGCCCUCCUGACCCGCGCCCGCGCCCGCCGCGCCGCCGGACCGACGGCCGCAGGUCACCUUCAAGGUGGAGGCGCUGCCGGCGCGCUUCAGCUCGCUGCCGCGGCGGCGCUCGGGCGGCGGCGAGGCGGGCUUCACGCGCGGCGG